CAGAGGCUGGCAGUGCAGCCACUCCACUCUAGAUGAGCAGCAGCGCUCCCAACUUAGAGGAAUAUGUCUCCGUUACAGCCAUCAUGAAGGAAAGAUUGGAACCACAGAACACAGAGGAUUUUCUGCCGUUAUUAAGUGAUUACUCUGGAGGACUGCGUGGACCUCGGAAAGCAGCUCAGGACUUAAGAGAAGUUAAGAGGGCAGAUUUCAGCGCCUGGCCUCGGGGCUGUGUUUAUUACACUACUUACAAAGAGUUGUGCUGAGAGAAGCCCAGAGUGGAGCCCAGAUCCUGUUCUGGGCUAAUUAAAUCCCCACCAUCACCAACACCCUGCCUUGCCUUGCCUGGUUGACCAAAGAAACCCCCAGAAAACUGUCCAGUGGAGGAGACGGCAUCCUCGCCUGCCUCCUCAGGCUCUAUCCUCUGCCUCCUCAUGUUCCUUCAGGCGGAGCGGAGGGCAGAGCGAGCAUACGCAGCCUGCCGGUCACGCACUCCUUGACGGGGAUGGCGCUCCAGAAGAGGCUGCUGCUCGGUGUGUUGACCGCCACCUCCCUGCUGUGUAUCUACAUCCUGCCGCUGAAAUAUUUCCAGGGCGUUCCACAGAGAGCGAGCAGCGGCUCACGACACUCUGAGGAGCCUCUCGACAGGAAGUCUAACAGUGACCAGUGGACCCGUCCGCCCCCCACCUCCAACUUUGACCCAGAGCCCAUAAUUCAGCAUCAAGACACACGUGCCACGCAGACUCCAACUGUAAAGACUCCAGCACCCACAGCCGCUGAGCACAAACCGGCAGAGAACAAUGUCCUGGAUGUGUCAAAUGGGGUGAAUAAAACCAGGACCAGGACCAGGACCAGUACCAAAGGCCCCACACAGAGGCCUCAGCAGCCCACACAGGCAGCCAGGCCAACAGAGCCUCCCUUCAUUGGAGACGCUUACAUGAGUGAAGACAUCCCACCACAAACAGACUGCCCAGGCGGUAUCCGAGGUCAGGUGACAAAAACUGAAUUUGGUGGGAGGUUUCUGAAACACAUUCCAGUCCUGCAGUGGGCCCAACACGUCACCCGUGAAGCGCACCAGCGUCUGAAGCAGUACCCAGGAGCACACGGCUGGGGCGGAGUCGAAUACUCAACAUUGGUGGAAACUCUUACUGUCCUCAACUCCUCGGCUAACUGGCUGAUGUUGGACGACUGGAAGGAUCGCGCCAAUAAAUCAGAGUGCAUCCGCUGUGCUGUGGUGGGGAAUGGUGGGAUACUGAAGGACUCAAAGAAAGGGAAGGAGAUUGACGGUCAUCACUAUGUUUUCAGGACCAAUGGGGCAAUCAUUAAGGGCUUUGAGCAGGACGUGGGCUCUCGGACCACCCACUACACGUUCUCCACCAACACACUGAUGAACUCCAUGAGGAGCUAUGCCGGCGCCGGGUACAAAGGGCCCCCUAUGUCUAAGGAAACACGAUACGUCUUUCUGCCAGAUCACGACCGUGAUUACCUGCUGAUGAAGGCUGCAGCGACACACACUCCAGUACAGAGAGGGCCUGAGCGGGGCAAAGAUCCAACCAAGUACUUUGGAGAGGACGUGUCAGCAGGAAAGCUGAAGAUGUACCACCCCGACUUCGUCCGUUACCUCAGAAACAGAUUCCUUCGUUCUAAUGCUCUGAAAAGCAGAUAUAAGGACAUUUACCGUCCGUCUACAGGAGCUGUGAUGCUGUUGGCUGCGCUGCACACCUGCGACAAGGUGAGUGCGUACGGCUACAUGACCCCGGACUAUAAGAACUACUCUGACCACUAUUACGACAGCAAGUAUCACCCAGUGGGCUUCUUCGCCAACCACGACCUGCGUAUGGAAAUGAGCCUGUGGCAGCAGCUGCACCAGGCGGGCCUCAUUCAACUCUACAUGCACAAGUGAAUUCAGGUGGACGGGACCAGCAUGGGAACGGGGGAACGGGGACAAUGGAUGACCCUGCCUGCCUUGUCUCAAAAUGACUCAUGAGUCCCUGAACUGAGCAAAACAAAAAAGGUUUUUUUUACAUGAAGAAAAGAAGAAUUAUCUUUUAAAUGACGAUUGCUGUGAUUGUUCAGGAUGGAGAUUUAGUUUUAUUUAUCAAAUGUAUUUUUUUGUUUUUUUAAGAAUGCAUGUUUCAGUGAUUUGCGGGUCGAAGUAGGUCCAGGCUAAACUUGGUUGAAGAGAUUUUGGUUAAUGUUGGUCCGUCAGUUGUCCACUUUGACGACAUUUUGAGAAUUAUUGGGUGGAUUUUUGUCUAGCUCCUUCAUCAGGUCAGAAUUUUAAUUUGUCUUUUAUUUUAUAAUAUUUUUAUAUAUUUUAUAUAACAAACCAAAUUAACAACAUUCCCAUCAGCCUCUGCUGUUUUGCUAAUAAGCAGACGCUAGCAUGCUAACACACUAAGCUAAGCUGGUGAAUACAGUAAAUAUUUCACCUGCUAAACACAAGCAUGUUAGCAUGUUAAUGUUUGCAUUGAACUUAAAGCAAACAAUAUUUAUGAGCAAAAAAACCAACUAAUUCAGGUUAACAAACCAUUAAAAAGUGGGGACUGCCCAUUUUUCCCAAAGUCCAGAAAAUGUCCCAUUGGACUGAAAGCUGAUUUGUUUUUUUUUUAUUAUUCUGAAAAAAGCCCACUGCUCCAAAAACUGAAAGUACACAAUCUCCCUCAAGGUUUUUGCCCUAAUAGUUUAAUAUUUUUGGACAUGCAGGAAAGUCAAGUGACCGUAGUUAUCAAUCUAACAAUAAUAAACGUGGUUAAUGUUGUGAAAUGGUUACAGUUUGGUUAGCAUUAGACAUCAAAACUACUGGGUUAGGUUUGUUUGGGUUCAAAUAAGUUUGUUACUAGGAUUGAGAAUCAUAUUGCAUGAACGCUGCCAAGGGGUGUUCCAGUUCCUCCCACUGGCUGAUACUGUGUGAAUGCAGCAUCACUGUAACUAAAAGCAACGCAGUGCCUUAAUUCAGCUGAGGGAAGUCAGUUUGUUGACAUGUCCAUCAUUUGAGCUAGUUCCAUAUCUUUGUUCUUGUUUUUCUCGCUUUUUGUCCUUCACAUUUAGGGUUCAAACAACAGAUACAAAGACAGACGAGUUAAAGGAAAACGUGUCAGCCAGUUAACCUGUUCUCUGAAGUGAGAGUCCGUUCAGGUAGAUCACCUGUCAUAACUGUAAGAUUUUUAUUGAUUUUUAUUGAACAAAUCUGGUGCGUUUCGACUACAGAGAGACGAAAACAAACUUGAAUUUUGAUCCAUAUAAAGUUUGAUUAGAGUGGCUGCUUACGACAUAUCAAAGUGUUGUCACAGAUAACUGUUACAAACUGUUGCUGAAAAACAGAAACAAAAGUUACCGUUCACCCGUUUUCUCCCAGUUUAGUUGUUUUGACCUGCAGACCACGCUUACUGGGCUGACUUCAGAGCGUAUCAUACAAUCAGUCCCUGGCUGCGUUGAAGUGCAGUUUCUUGUUAGUGUGUUGACAAGACUGCAAUUGAGUUGGCCACUUGCUCAAAAUAUCCUGUCUCCUCGCCCUAAAUAGACGAUCCGAGCACUGCUGGCAGUGGCCGAGGUCUAUUCUGACAUUUACUCAGAUUAUGUUCUCUCUACGAGUCUGUCUGUGUAUUUUACUGUGGAAGGAAACAAAAACCCCACUCACUCAGUGUGACAAAUAUUUGAAUUUAAGGGACUUAACUUAUUAUUUCUUUGUUCUUACGUUUUUUUUUUUUUUUAAGCAAGUGUCCUUUUUUUGUUACAAGGUGCCACACUGUGAUGAUACGAAUACUGUGUGAGCUCUACUGGACUCUGAGUGCCUUUAAUGUGAAUCAGUAGUUGGGAUGAAGCAUUGUGACCGAGAUGGAAAUCUCUGAGGUGUGUCAUUUCCACAACAACGCUAACAAGGAUGUCCGUGGCCUUUUUGUUUGCGGAGGACUUGUCUUUCGGGAUCUGCUCAUUCAGCCGCGACACCUGGACUCCUCUCUGAGCUCCGACAAUAAAGGGUCAAAGUUAAUUUAAGAUUUCUUGUUGCCACUCAUCCUAAACUGGACUGAGGCCUCAAAUCCUCAAUUACGUGGAUUUACUGACUUUAGCGGAUAAUAUGGAUUUUUAUUGUACCGAUAACACUGUAGGUCUGAAACGGAGGGAACAGGAAAGAAACCAAAGACGCACUGCAAAUCAGGGAAUAUGUGUAUUUAAAAUUCUCUUUUUGUAUAUCAUCAAAUCAAUACAUAUUCAAACGAAGUCAUCCAGUCAUCUGAAACGCUGCAUCAUAUUUGAAGUGUAACAGAGGAAGGGGAGACCUUUUAUAGUGCAAUUUGUGACUGAUUUAAAAAAAAUCUGUAUAAAAGGAAGCUGUGAUUUUA